ACAGUGUCGGAAUAAAAAUUUAGUUUAUUUGUGAACUUCAUUAAUAAGACAAACGUUUAACAAAAUUUUACGCUGGUGAAACAAAAGCUUAAAGAAAAUCAACAAAAUACCUAUCUAAUUAAAAAUAAAACGUUCUCGAAUAGCGAAUAAAAAUACAAAUAAGAAAAACAAAGAGAUAGUGGAAUCAGCUGUCAAAUUAAACUAAAAAAGAAAAGCAACAAUUAAAAAAUAAAUUAAAAAAAGUGUAUUUAAAUGUGUUUGUGUGUGUAUUUUCUUUGUGUAAAAUUUAUACAAAUAAUACAAUAAAUUGAUGAAAUUAAAAAAUCAUCUUAAUCACUAAUAAUAUAAUUUAAAAUUGUGGCUACCAAUUGCAAACUAAUGGCUUUUUUUGAACAAUAUUAUAAAGAUUUCAUAUUCAUAGAACGUUAUUAAUUAAUAAAAUUAUAUAAUUUUGUGGAAAAUUGUUAUUAAAAAAGAAGUGAAAAAAUAUUAAGUAUUAAAAAUUUUAAAGCAAAAAUUUUGUAUUUUCUUACAAAAAAUUCUGCGAAAGACGCAUUGCAUUUUGUUUAUUAUAAGUUUUAAAAUUUAAGCCAGUUUCAUAAACUCCACGUGCAUUAGUUUCGUAUCUCAAAAGUACACAAUACCCAAAUUCGCUCUUUCAUAGAGAAGUACAAAAAAAAAAAAGAAAGAAUAACUUUCAAUUUACGUGUUUUUAUUAUGUUGGCUGUUAUUGCUGCUUCUUUGUUGGCAAGAGCAAAUAACACAUCAACAACAUCUAAUUGUUUAGAUACUUGCACCGCAACAAGUAUCGUAGAACAAAACUUGUAUCGCAACAUUAUUGCGAGUGCUAUGCAACAUUUACACUGUAAACAACAGACUUUAAAAAAAUCGCAAUUAUUUUGUCAAAAACGUAUGUGCCUUGGUCGUUGGCAUCAUUGUGACAGAAACAUUUUACACGGCAUCGGCAACAUUUGUUGUUUUAAUAAACGAAUGUUUAUGUUGACAACCAAAAAUAAUUUUAUUAAACGUAUUAAACGCCUUGACAAUAACAACAACAUUAAAGGUCGUGCAACAACACGUCGAGGUAGAGGUGUUUCAAUGAAAUUGUAUCUAACGUCAUCUAUGUUUAACAACAUUAUGAUGCGCGUUUGAAGGGAAGUUGCGUCUAAGACUCUUUAAAGAGCAAGUUUAGAGGUUCCCUUACAAUUUCAUUGUUUCUUUCCAACGGUGUAUUAAAACCAAGAUCAAAAUGGCAUUCAACACUGAAAUCCAAUCAAGCCACUCAAGGCCCCAAACCAACAACAACAACCAAAUUAACGAAAACAGAGCAACUAGAACCGGAACAACAGAAACAGGUGCAGCAUACGAUAACGAUUACAACAAGUUCAGAAAAGUCAGAAAGCAUAAUAUUGAUGAUUCAGGAACCCCAACAACCAGAAAUAUUCGAAAUUCCAUUGGUAAACUCAAUGAGUAUUACAGAAAACAGUUCGAGCAAGAACCAAUUGUUGAAUCCAAACAACAGUCAGAAGAAUCUAAACCAGAACAGCAACAACAAGAAUCAAAGAACAUUAAUUCAAAUACCACAACAAAAUUCGAAACCAAGAAUAUUUUUGCUUACCAGGCCUUCGAAACCUCAACUGGUUCGGUUGGAAACACAAACAGUGCAACCCCACCACCAGCGAAAUUUGAAUUUAUCACAACACCACCACCCUCAGAAGACAACGGCAACUGUGACAAGCCAGACUCAAACAAAAAUCAUAAGAAUACCCUUUUUACCAAGGUCGCAAGUGCAAACGUUUUCAGUGAAAAGCAAUACAAACCAAGUGCUAAAGAAAGAUUCGAAAAUAGUCCCACAGAAGACAGUUCAAUACCAGAACCAAAGUCAAGUGCAACAAUAUUCCGAUCACACCCAAGUGGAGUCGACUCAGGUCCCAAUAAUAUUACAACAAGUCAAUACCAAUCAAUUGUCUCCCACUUCAGUGGAGACCGAAAGCAAACAGUUGCAAACCAAGCAAGAAAGCGUCAAGAAUACAUUAGUGAAAAGUACAGUGAAAAACAGUUCGAAUUUGUCAGAGAACAAAAACAAAAUAAUACAAUCCCAAGCCCAAGCGCAAUCGAAAAUACCAUUGACAUUGGCAUCAAUGGCCGGCAUAGAGUUGACAGGUGCCGAUAUGUCCCUUUCACAAGCGGAUAUGAGUGGAGCAAUGCCGCCUACUGCUACAGUUGAAGAGAUAAAUGUUCCGGUAUUCAUAGAUGAAUACUUACAAGAAGUUACCGCCGCAUCAACUUUACCUGUUACUACAGAUAAUAUUUUUAACAAUAACACCAACAAGAACAACAGCAGCAACAUUAGUAACAACAACCACAGCAACGAAAAAGGAAACGAAGUGAAUAACUUUUUGGAUACGUUAGAAAAUUUUGAAUUUGAUAUAAAUCUGUUGACGGAAAAUAACAGCAAGGACAAGGAAACAGCGUUGGAAGUGCAAGUAAACCAACAGCAUCUACAACAACCACUACAAUAUCCUCAACAACACCAACAAUCGUUGACUGAAGUUGAUGAGGAUAACAAAUUUAAACAGCAUCAAUUUGAAUUACAAAUGAUGUUGGAAGAUAUAUUGUUCAAUAAUAACAAUAACAACAACAACAACAUUAAUAAUACUAGCAACAAUAAUACCACCACCACCACCACUAAUAAUAAUAACAUCAACAACAUUAACGAAAUGGCUGGAAGCAAUAACAUCAAUGAUGAAAUAUUUGCCGUUGCACCUCAUGCAAUCGACGAUUUGGAAUUAGAUGACUUCGAUUUCAGUUCAACACUUGAUACACAUGAGCAUGCUGUCGAUUUAAACAUUAACUACGGUCUCUCCUCCGAAGAUAUUUUCAAUAGUUCCCAACCAAACGAAGUAAUGUUAACAUCAUGUAAUUCUCAGUCUCAAUCGUCACAAAAUCUGAUUAAAGAAAUAGCUAAAGCUGAACCAUACAUAAAUUCGACUCCAACACCAUCAUAUGACGAAAUGUGUGGCGUAUUUGAAGAAGAUAUAAAUAUGAUAUUUCCAUCAGAAUACAAUGACGAGAACAACAUGACUGGUUUUAAGGAAACACUUUUAGUAAAUCCCUUAAAACGCAACAGCUCACAGACCAGCCAACAUAUGUUGGAAAAGCGUCGUAAACUACGUUUGGAUACUACAGCAUGCAGGGAAAAUAUUUUGUCACAACAAACUGAAAUAACCACACCAAAAGUUAUAGAUAUUAUUGAUCAGUUCAACGACGAUACCAUGGGCCAAACAGCAGUGGAUUCCAUUAUUACUAUUUAUAACGAUCUAAUAUCAACCUCUCCAAAAUGUGACUCAGUCAAAUCGGAAAUAAUUGUAGAUGAGAUUACAAAUGACUUUACACCUCCAAAUACACCUUUCAGUUUUAAUUCCAUCUCAAAUCAAACUAGUUUCGUAAAUACAGCACCAAGUUCUCCCGCCUCGUCCAUAGCUACCAUAUCAAAUGCCUCAUUUACCACCAAAAGAGGCCGUGGUCGUCCUGCUAAAACACACAGUGACAUACCAGAUCGUUCACAAAUUCAACACUUAAGUGAAAGUGAACAGAAAAAAGUGCUAGAGCGUGCGAAAAAUAACGAAGCCAGUCGCAAAUCCCGUUUGAAGCACAAGGAACGUGAUAAUGCUUUGGAGAGAGAAGAAAUAGAACUUACACUUAAAAACAAGGAAUUAGAAAAUCAAUUGAUGAAUCUAAGGAAAAUGGAGAAGAAACUGAAGGCUGCAUUACAUUUUAAAGUUUUUGGUCAGUGAAAUUUCAUCACAUAAUAUCUAAAUAAAUAAAUAAAUACAUCCACUAAAUCUAUGUAGCCGAAUAAUGAUUAAAAAUCCCUUGGCGCUGAUGAGAUUUAUUGCUGUUACACUCACACGUACCUUAAACAAAGUAAUCAUCAUUUUAUAAGGAGAUGCCAUUACAAAAUAAUUAUAAGUUGUUGUUAGUUAUUAAUUGUUAGCAAGUAAUCAAACAUUUUAUUUUAAUAUUAAAAAUUAUAUAACACAUAUUUACAUAUACAUAUACAUUAUAAAUAACCAAUAUGUUAUAAAUUUAGAAAACUAUUAUUUCUCUUUAUUAUGCGUUUAAACAAAACAUUAUCAAUAAUUUGUUUAUAUUUAAAAAAUUUGUUUUUCAUUUAUAAAAUGUUAUUACAUACAUGUAAACAUUUAUCUUUAUUUUAUACAUAUAUUAACCAUUUUAUUUUGGAUGGGUUUUGCAAAUACAUUUUUAUACUACACUACUUAAAAAGUUUAAAAAAAAACAACAAAUUAAAAACCAACAAAAAUAUAAAUAUGUAUGUUGACUUAAGUAAAAGAUGUUAGUCUAAUUUACAACAACAAUUAUAUGUUUUUAAUUAU